AUGGCGUCGGAAGGCACUCACCAUGAGCAUCGAGCAGAACGCGACCACGACCUUUCCACGACGGAGGGCGUGCUGGCGUACCUCGCGGGGACGCGGUUCGCGGGUGCGCGGGCGGAGGGGCUGGCGGGGGGCACGGCGAACUGGACGUACCGGGUGUAUCUGGAAGGAGGGGCGGGGACGGUGGUGGUGAAGCACGCGCGGGGGUACGUCGCGUCUGUGGGCCCGGGGGGGUUUAAGUUUGGGGUGGAGAGGCAGGCGGUGGAGGUGGAGGCGAUGCGGCGCGUGGGGGCGGGGCUUGCGGAGGGGGGCGGCGAGGGCGUGAGGGUGCCGGAGGUGUAUUUGUUCGACGAGGAGCGGCACGUUAUCGUGAUGGAGGACGCGGGGGAGGGCGCGGUGACGCUGAAGCAGCUGUUGACGGAGGGCGCGGCGUCGAAGGAGGUGUGCGCGGGGAUCGGGGCGGCGCUCGGGGGGUGGCUGCGGGGGCUGCACGAGUGGGGGCGCGAGGGCGGGGCGGCGGCGGAGGCGGGGGCGCUGGAGGUGUUCGACGGGAACGCGGUGGGGCGGUGGGUGACGGGGUGGGCGACGUACGGGCGGCUGGCGGAUACGGUCGCGGGGCGGGGCGGGGUCGGGGCGCUGGACGAGCCGCCGCUCGGGGUUGGGGAGGAGGCUGUGGAGGUGCUGAGGGAGGUGGCGAGGGUCCGGGCGAGGGAGAUCGCGGAGUCGAGGGAGACGAUGACGAUGGGCGAUUUCUGGCCGGGGAACGUGAUGGUGGACCUCGGCGCCGACGGCGGGGUCAGGAUGUGCGUGGUGGACUGGGAGCUGGGGAAGCUGGGGCUGGGGGGGCUGGACGUGGGGCAGUUCUGCGCGGAGGUGGCGCUGGUGAUGCGGUUCGUCGAGGGUGGGAGGGAGGGCGCGGGGGCGCUGCUGCGCGGGUUCGUGGACGGGUACGCGGGACCGGCGGGGAUGGCGGAGGCGGUGGCGCGGGUGGCGGUCGUGCACGCCGGGGCGCACCUCGCGGUGUGGACGGGGCGGGUCGGGUGGGGCGCGCGGGAGCAGACGCGGGCGGUGGUGCGGGAGGGCGUGGACCUCGUCGUGGACGGGUACGGCGGUGCGGGGGCCGUGUCGCUCGUCGAGAAGCUGUUGUAUUAG